UGUCACAUUUUUAAAUUUCCCGCCGUUCUGUCCCCGUACAUCCUGACAUCGCAGGGAACAGAACCCGGAAGACAGAUGCUGGCUUACCUGGUACUUCGCUUCCGCGAUGAGGGACAUCGCGGGAGCGAAGAACAAGGUAAGUGAAGAAGAGAUCCCGGAGCAGCGCUGCAAGGUAUUCCCCAGUGUAGCCCAGGGUACCGCUUGUGGUGCUGAAACUUUACCCCGAGCUACACUCGGGAAUACCUCCAGGGAGGUUAACAAAUAUGUUAUACUUACC